GUUCCUUUUCUUCUUUGAGCAGCCAGUCCGUCGGACGAAAAGAGACAGCGCAAAAACAAUUGCAGAGAAAGAGCAAAAAAACAUGUCCGCUUCCGCAUCAUCGUAUCUGAUUGUUCGUCCCUCUCCCGCGACGAACUAUGCUUCGUUAAUGCCAUCCGCAAGAACUCCAGUUGCGGCAACAUCAGGACGCAUGAUCGCAGGCAGACGAUGGCCACAGAAUCACCUCCGAAGAAAGGUCAGAACCCCGUUUGAGGAUCGUUUCCCUGAUCCUUGCCGUGAUGCGCGACCUAGCAGACAUGAACCUAGGCAUAAGAAACUACGAAAGCUCUUGCAUGUUGCGACAGAGUUGGAGAAGCGAGAGACGAAUGAAGAAUCGGAACGAUUCUUGCAGUUGCCAACAUCACAGAAGGAAUGCCCUGUUCGGCAAAUUAGUGGAGCAGGCCCUUUUCUUUCAUCCAUUUUGACAACGAAAUCAUCCUCAUCAAGCAGCUCUAGUAUGUCCACUGCAAGUAGCCGCGACAUAGUACAAGCGGCUGCUUCACUCACCUUCAAAUCUUCAGGAGAACCGAGUCGAGGUCCACGACCUGCUUCUGCUCUCCCUAACACUGCAAAUCAGCAGCAUUUCCACGCAGACGAUAAGAAGGAAUACAGCACCAUUCAGCUCACCCAAUUAGCCAAAGAGAUCUCUCGCAUACCUGAGUGGAAACAAGACAUCAAGGCCUAUUUCUGGGAACAGUUAGUACGCGGGACAGUGUUACGAAAAGAGCCUUUGGACAGCGCAGCAGUUUAUGUGCUUUUCGUGACUGUGACAAAGCUGAGGAACAGUGGGAUUGUUAGGGGUAGGUUAAAGAUGCUUUUCUUACCGCUUUUUAUGCCUCUCCCCCUUAGGAUGAGAAAGGCAUAACAAGCGGGGUAAGCGAGCACCAAAAACCUACCUCUAAGAUUGUGGUAGAGGAAUCAAUAUCAAGACCGCGGCCGAGGCCGUCAGCACGAAAUAAACGGACCUCUAGCUCAUCUCGUUUUCCUCGAACUACAACUAGUAUUACGUCUCAUUCGAUUCCAGAGUAUGGUGCUUUCAUACAGCACCUGUGUUCGAGUGUUGAAAGAUGGUUGUAUCCACCGAGCGAAAGUGGAGGACGAGGACGAGAUUCGCCCGGCCUAAAUCAAAUUACGGAGGACCCCGCAACAGUUACAGAUUUCACGACAAACGUCCUCGCACAACAAGUACUGGAGGAUCAUCUUGUGCCCGCCGGUUCCUCGAAGACAUCUUUGAGCAACACUACAACUACUGCAUCUACCAUACCUACUACCAAAUCUACAACACCAUCAUCACUAAGUGGAGGAGAUUCGCCCGGCCUAGAUCAACUUAGUACAAUACCAUCAUCACUAACCGCCUCACGAUCUACUUCUCCUUCCACCUCAGCCAGAACUCCUAUCUCAGAGCUCAAGCCCACUCAUUUGUGUGGAAUUUGUGGAACUUUUGCGAAACUGGCGGAACGCAUCGCGGAUCCUUGCACGCUAGCCAGCAUGCGAAGGAUCACCCAAGGUGUGACACAGCUCUUGCUGAUGCAGGAGGAAGAUCGAGACGAAAAUGGACCUCCAUCCCGUUCUAAAAGAGAGAAAAUCAAGGUGUCUGGCCAGGACCUUGGCUAUCUUCUAGAUGCCUGUCGCGCACUAGACCUGUAUAGUCCGUCUCUACAACAGGCAGUUGGGAACAUCGUGAGGGCAAACUGGGACAUGGCUUGGAGCGACUACGGACUCCAGCUGGUGACUACAAGUAUCUCACCAGCAAAUGCUAAUGUUAAUAUGGUCGGCUUUUGUAUUUAUUCAUCUCACUCAGGUUCAUCUUGACACGACCCUUUAGCUUUACCCGUGUUGUAUUCCCUUGAAAUACAAGGACAAGGCCAUCAAGAUUGGGGCGGGACCUGGAUGAAUUCUGGCACACUCUAAUAAUGGCUCGAGGAUGUCGAACUACCUGUUUCUUCCGCGUUCCGAUCGUUUGGCUUGGCGGUGUUUGAGUUACCGACUACGCGAAGCUUUCCCAGCAUUUCCAGGGAGUGGCGUUGUGCAAGUGAUCAAAGCGUUUCAUAGAUUGAGAAUGCGUGACAUGGUACUGGAGAAAUUGGCCGUGGAGUUGCUGGUUGGUGGAGGAACUAAAAACAAAAAGUCGCUAAGCUCCGAGUUGUCAAGAACACCUGCUCAUAAUGAUCGUUUGGAAGAUCUCCUGUUAUACGAAAUGACCCCCCACUUUGCUCAGCUAUCGGCACAGGAUGUUUUCGAUGUCUUUUUACACACGGAUUUGUUGAAGGGGGCAGCACGAUACAACGAGGACCUACAGCUGCAGGGUGGAAAUGGAUAUCGAUAUACUCAUGGAAUGACAUCAGCAUCGCAAACACAAUUGGCCAAUCUACUCCUAAAACGUAUCCCUGACCUACGACUUCAUUUGGACGCCACGAGGCUGUUGGAUGCGAUAACCAAUUUGCCUAUUGCGGAUCUGGACCAAAGGGCGUUGAAAAGAGCUUCAGCCGUACUUCUAGGCUAUGCGUUUCGGAGUGGGAAAAUCGCCAGUCGGGAUGUGGCAACGUCGUUGGAAAGGUUACCAGCCUCUUGGCUGACAACCGAAUGGCGAGACCGAGUGGAGGUGACGAGGGAAAGAAAUGAAUUGGCGGAGAGAAGUGUGAUGACGCAAUUGGAAGGAGGACGCUCAUAUGAUAAUCCGAAGCUGCUUCUUCCUCGACAACCGAGGAAAGUAUCAGAUGAAAACUGCGCGAUUCCGCACAUGCCUACUAAAAAUUCCGUUUCUAUCCCUGGCACAACUACAACAAGUGAAAACGAGGACAGGCGAUCUACUGAAGUACUAUCUUCGCUUCUCAAUCGAACUGAGAGGUUGCUGGAUAGAGGUUUCCGACCAAGCUUGCGGGAUGUCAAAUGUCUGACUGAAGCAUUUUUCUCAAUCGAACGAGAUGAAGAAGGCAGAGGAGAGUGGAACGCUUUGCGCAAGAAUAAGCUGCUCGAUCUAUUGUUCCGAGGCGAUUUCGUACCUGAAGUUAUGAUGUCUAGUACGAUGGCGCCUAGACGCUCUCACGACCACCUUGUCGAGAGUGUAUAUCGAAGACUGUGCCACAGUGGCAUUUCGAGUCUUCUUGUGGCGGCGACUGACGCCAACAGGUUCUUGAUGUCGCUUCAGCAGAUAAAUUUCCUUUGUGAUUUGAAUGUUGCUUCACCUCUAAGUGAAGAAUCUUCACGAACACAUCGCAUGAAUGAUGCUUUUUUAUCCUCCUUUAGUUUGUCUUUUAUGCAGCGACUCACAAACAAGCCUCAUAGCGUGCUACAGGUACAGAAAGACAUAUCGAUAUCGAGUAGAGCAUCAUCAAUACCUACGAGAGAUGUUGACCAAUCAAAAAAGACGAGCAUAAGUAGCAUAUCAGAUGAAUCUGUCUCUGCGAUCUCAAAUCAAGUUCGUCGCACUUUGAUCGCACUACUAGGUAAGCGCCGCGUCGUUAGCGACGUAUGUCUAGCGCACGGCGGCGAACAAGAAAGAGACUUAUCUUCUAGUACAACGAAUUUCAGUUUUCCCAAGUUUUCAGUCGCCUUCCUUCUAGAUCUAAAUGGCAGAACCGAUAUGAAUCUAUUGACGCAUAAGCGAGGAGGUAUUUGAAU